AUGACGACUGAUGAACAUAAAGCAGCUGAGGGGCUCAUUAGUUUGAAAAAUUAUUAUGUUACAGGACCUAUUAAUAUUCCUAAUAAUAAUAAAGAAUGUGAAGAAAGUAAUAUGAAUCGUACAUUUGUUCAAUACGGUUUAAAUACACCUUCCUCUUAUGAAGAUUUUAUAAAAGAGAAUAACCAUAGUCUUAAUCUUGCUGCUACUAUAGAAAGGAAUAUGAAAAUUUUUGCAGAGUAUCGUGCUGAUCAUACACCACCGUUAAGUCAUGAACAACAAAAUGAAGAUACAAGUAUACUUGAUUUUUCUGCCCGACUCGCUCCUAUAUGUAAUUUAAGGGGAAAUAGCGGUCAAGAAGUAUCUAUCACUAAAAAUAGUGAACAACAAAACACAAUAGUAGUAGAUAAUGAUUCAAAUAGAAUAGAAAUGAAUUCAGAUAUCAAGUUUGUUCAUUUUCAGUUUCCACAACAAGAAAUUCAAAACACAGAAAAAUUUCAAGAUGAACAAGAGCGAUAUCCACAUGAACAAUGGGAAAAAAUUUAUCGACAGCAAUAUCAUUAUAAGACUUACUUACAGCAGCAGCAACAACAACAACAACUACUACGCUUACAAAAACAACAAAGAGAGUACGACAUAGAAAAUAGGCUGCAGGAGAAUACUCGUUCGGAUCUUACUUUUGCUCGCCCUUUACCAGUUUCACAUGGACGAAGGAAUACUUCAGCAUUUCAAUAUGUCACUAAUCGAUCUAUUCAAAACUAUUCUUCUCCACAUCUUCAAACUCUACAACAACACGUUGUGGAGCGUUAUCAGCCUUAUACACUAGCCAAUCAUUCUUUUCAUCAAGCAAUAGCUUUAGAGAGAGCAACAACUCGUCAACAAAGGCAGAUUGAGGCUGGAGAAAAUAGAUUAUAUUAUCGAAUAAAUCAAAGAAAGAUGAAAAAUAUACAACCAGAUUCUCAUAAAGCGCUCGAGACAAAGGACGAGGAAGUGGCGAUGGAUACUAAAGAGGAGGACCCAGAUGUUGAAAUGAAUGACAGUCAUGAAGUUGAAAACUGCAGUAGUCCUGAUGAUAGGAGUAUGAAUGGUAAACGUAAGAUGGGUAAAGAAAAACCACGUUGGAGUGUUGAGAUGAGAGAGGCCCUAUUUAAUGCGGUAAUUGCACAUAAAGGCUUAAUGGAUAUGGCUUCAUUUGACUGGCCUGUCAUUGGGAAACAGAUUGGCCGUUCUGGAAAGGCAUGUAAAGAUCAAUGGAGAAGAGCUCUUUUACCUAAAUUACAACAAACUUUUGAAGCAUCAUCUCAACGUGAACAAGAAGAAAAGUCUACGGAAGAGAUGGAACUUGUUUCUUAA